UUGCAGCUGUAAAGACAUCUUCGAAACACAAUAAACUCAGCGAUAACUCAAUAUCGUUUUGUGUUAAAUAAUACUAAAAAGUUCAAUAAUAUGUCGGGAUUACAGAAUGUCAUUCUACUUUUGUUCACCUGCAAUUUAUUGCUGGCCGUCUACGUGUCAGCCAAUAAGCAACAAAAACAUCAAAAUCAAGAAAUCUGGGAACAAGACCUUUCGGACACCUUUAAAAUCGAGGGUAGCGACCAGGGCAUUCAAAAGGUGAAUCUUAAAUGCGGAGCUGACUCCAUGAACGUUGUGCUGGAGACGGAGAAGCCCUUCACGGGUGUUAUGUAUACGCGUGGAAGCUUCUACAAACAGUCGGCACCGUGCUUCAUGAAGCCCAGUUCCAGUCAGGGGUCCCGCACCAUGGAGAUGAACUUCCAGCUUGAUCAGUGUCAGACAUUGCGAGAUGGAGACCUUUACACAAACAUCGUGGUGAUCCAGAAUGAUCCGGAGUUGAUCACCCCCGGAGAUUCGGCCUUCUCGCUGGAGUGCGACUUCCGGCAGCCGCGCAGCCUGGACGUGGAGGCCAGCAUGCAGGCCAGGGACAGGUAAGAGUGGCCCACUGGGUCCAAAAUCACACUCACUAGUCCCGAUCCCGCGGCACCAACGGAACAUCUACACAACUCGGUGGUUAGCAACAGCGACUCGGUCGCUUACAUACCAAAGUUCAGCAAGCCAAACAAGACCAUACACUUGGGCUCAGUUGAGGAGGUGACGCUGCCAUCGUCCUCCCAAUCCCGAGAUGAGCUCUAGGAACACUCACACUUCAAAACACGAUUAUUGAAUAGGAUACAAAAUACUCAAAAACACAAUCACAACACUUGAAAAACACAAAAAUUACAGGAAAAUAGCACAGAAUGCGACGCUAGCAACAACGCAGAAAAAUUGAUGGCAAUUCGGCGACAGAUGUACUAACACCACUUCAUGUAUUUUCAUUUAAAUGGUUUUUCAUAUCCUGUGAUAUUUUUUAAGUUUGAGUUUAAUAAAAACUUUG